CGUCCGUCCAGAGACGUUUAACCGGUUCUACCUCACACUGCUAUAUUUAGUUAUUUAACUUCCUCCUUUCACACAGCUAUAACACAGCCCGAUAAAGUCAGAAAAUGAAAUCGAAUUGGUGUCUGGACCUAACGUGACAUUACAGUUUUCUGUGAUUGAACAUCUAGUUACACCAUGAGAGGCAGACGAGACAGCUUCAGCCUACUGGGACUUACAUACAUGUUGCUGAUCAUACACAUGUACUUUGAAGGUAUCAAUACGACGGCAUGUACUGACCGAACUGAACUGGACAACUUUUUCCAUGUUAAAACGAUGUGUAAAAGUGGAACACUGAAAAACACACGUGUGGUGAUAGACACUUGGGGUACUGGAGGCCUGGAUGUAUACAGCUGUACCUGUACCGUUACCCUGGGUACAGAAUCAGCAUCAUCUACAACAACAUCAGUCGUAGUGGAGGAAUACCCGCGUGUAGCACCAUUACAGAACUGUGGGAGUAUACUUGUGAUCAAUUCUACUAAAUCAAGUAGUUUUACUAAAACUGAUUGCAACCCAAUCCCUGCCACUUUGACAAACAAUUUCAGCACAUCAGACAUGUUGACACUGACGCUAUCACGGGCUGACGUCAGUACAUCGUGGAUAUCAGGGCACUGUAUAUUAGUUUCUUUACAAGGAAGUACAAAUUUAGACAUCAUCGUUACCUGUAACGAACAACAGGGUAAAUCCAACAGAUCCUCAACUAAAACUUCAACAACAUCGACAUCGUCGACGACGACAACAACAACGACACCGACGACAACAACAACGACACCGACGACAACAACAACGACACCGACGACAACAACAACGACAAAACCUUUAACAUCGACACACGUUAGCCAGACAACAUCCACUCCGACCCCUACGCAUCCACCAUCGGUCAGUUCCACAGGAGGUGAUACAGCGACGACAGGGGAACAGACAGGGAGUGACGUUGGGGUAAUUGCUGGAGCAGCGGGCGGUGGAGGGUUGUUACUGAUCAUUAUCAUCGUCGUCAUCGUCGUCAUCAUUCGGAAAAGAAAACCAGACGAUAAGCAGACUUCAGACAAUGGAGACCUGUCCUACGGUAAUACAAAUGGAGGCCUUUCUGAUGACAUCCAUCCGUACGCUAACACCUCUACCAACAAAAGGUACGUGAAUAAUGACGGGGACACUAUAACUCACAACUCGCUCUACGUAUCGGCCGGACCACGAUAUCCGGACACCAACUACAUCGUUACGGGGACCGGGGACAUGUACGCGCAGGUACAAAAACCAGAGACACGUUCUACUAUGGCUGCUACUGGUACGGAGAAAUUAGAUCUAGAGGAAUCUCCACAGGGGGAUGUUUAUGCUGUCGUUAACAAAUCAAAGAAUCAAAAUAAGACGGGUGAGAUAGAUGACAAUCGACCCUCGCGGUAUCAAAACCCGGACGGGUUAGUGUACGCGGAAGUGAGUGUCCAGGACAGAACGUCACGCCCACAGUCACGUUCGGCGUCACGCCCACAGUCACGUUCGAAGUCACGCCCACCUCCUGUCAGUCCUAAACCUAAAGUAGACACUGAUAACGUCGUAUACGCCGAAGUAGAUACCAGUGUUUGAUCCCAUAUAAGGCUUGGUUAUCUAUUGGCGGCAGUUUGAGAGAGAUACAUUGUAUAAGUUUGGAAUGCUUUUGAUACAGUGCAGUGAUUGUAUACUAUACUAGUGAAACGUGUUUGAUAUUCAACUAGAAACUGUUGAUAUUUUUACAUGUUUGCAGCAUAUGGUAAUAAAUUAAAAACAUAGAUAGUGUGGUGCAUAUUAAAAGGAAAAUAAGAUGUACUAACAUUUCUUCUUAGUCACACUCUUUAAUAUUAAAAUAAAAUGCCCGGGGAAGACAAGAAUCAAUUUUUAGCAUAAAAUUUCUUUGUACAUAAUUAUUUUUAAAGAUAAAGGUGCUUUAAGACAUUUUCGAAACAGGGAGAAUACAUAUUAUUUUUCAUUUUAUCUUUAUUCUCUAGUAUAAAUAUAAUAAACUAAUUUGUUUUGUCUUUUCCCUGGCAGAGUAUGACAUUUGUCGUGACCACAAAGUUGAUUCGGUGUUAUUGACGAAACCUUCCUUGUUCCUUUUUAUGAGAACUGAUUAUAUUUCAACUCAUGCAAUGAAUAUUCAUUUUCGCCCUCAUUAGCAUGGAACAAAGUUCAUUCCAUUCGAUUAAAAGAAACAAGAUAUAUA